AUGUCCUGUUUGUGCGGGGGGGUAGAUGCUGAGUUGACCUUUGAACCCAACUCAACCACUCUAGCACACAGACCCAGAGCCACAGUGAGAGCAUCCAGGACAUCCAUACCAGUGGGCGGCUCUCUGACUCUGACCUGUUCUGUGGAGGAGUCUGCGGGUUGGAGCUAUGAUUGGUUCACACGUUCCCCAGACGCUGAGGAAACCGCUAUCGCAACAAAUCCUCUGCAAAACUCUCUGAGCAUCUCACAGGGAGGCAGCUACUGGUGCAGGGGAAGAAGGACUCACUCAGAUUUCUUCUCAGAGAAGAGUCACGUGUAUCACAUCGACAGAACCUUGUCCAACAGAAGCUUUGUUGUGCGGCAACACAACUGGACUCAGAUAUUCAGCGGUGAGACGAUCUCUGUCAGUUGUGAGAUCCAGGGAGGAGGAGACACCCAGUGGGAAUAUGAAUGGAGGACAACAAGCUCCCUCCAACCAGUCACUGGUCCAAACACAGCUCCCACAAACAGUGAAUACAGGCUGGGCACUGCCUCUGUUUUCCACAGUGGAGAGUACUGGUGUAAGGCCAGAGCGGACUGGUAUUCCUCAACAGAGUGGAGUGAGGCCUUCCAGCUGAGAGUAACACCCGAUAAACCCAGGCCCAGGCUGACUGCCGAUAACACAACCAUCACAGGAAAGGGAAGCGUAGCACUGAGCUGCUCUGUGGAGAACGCGUCUGAGUGGAGAUACGACUGGUUCAGAAGAACCUCAGCCUCCUCUGCAGCCCAGAUCCUAAGAUAUAAUGAAACAGAUGAUGAAAUCAGCUUCUCAGAUGAAGGCAUCUACAGCUGCAGAGGACAGAGAGGAGACACAACCUUCUUCACAGAGGACAGCAACCGAGUCACAAUAGAGAACAGAGUUUCCCACAAGGCGUCUGUGGCCCUGCAGCCUGACUGGUCUCUGGUCUUCAGCGGUGAGACAAUCACCGUCCGGUGUGAGGUCCCUGCAGAUGUAACAGCUGAGUGGGAGUAUGAAUGGACCAAACCCAACUCAACUACGGUUCCAACACACAAUGAAUACAGGAUUGUCAAUGCAUCCUCGUCCGACAGUGGAAGCUACAGGUGUUUGGCUAAAGACAAGAAGAACUUGAAUUCCACAACCGAGUGGAGCGAUGAAGUCACAUUAACAGUUUCUGAAAGACCAGCGGCGAACCUGAGUGCUGACCACCGAGCCUUUCCAGUAGGGGGCAGUGUGCUCCUGACCUGCUCCGUGGGCCAAGCAUCACCUGGAUGGAAGUAUUAUUGGUACAGAGGUGAGAAAACCUCGGAGCCCCUGACGGAUGAGGAUUUCAAGUCACAUGGACAGAGUGCUAGUGCCUCACGUGAAGGACUGUACUGGUGCAGAGGAGGAAGAGGAGAUCCAGUUCACUACACCCAGUACAGUAACUCAGUCAGGAUUCAUGGAAUCGUCCACAACAGAGCUGCUGUGACUCUUCAACCCAACUGGCCGAACAGAUACAGAGGAGAAGCCGUCACCCUGAGGUGUGAGAUCCAGGGAGGAGACUCUGAGUGGGAGUAUGAAUGGACAGCAACCAGCUCACAUGCACCUCCCAACACAAAGGAGUUCAGGAUCAGUCUGGGGUCAGAUCUGAGCGGCAGCUACUGGUGUCAGGGCCGACUGAAAGGUGCACAGCAGAACUCAACAGGAUGGAGUGCUCCCCUCACCUUGUCUCACACGGCUGCACCACGACCUGUCGUCACUGUGUCUCCGUCAUGGCUGACUCCUGGAGCCUCCGUGACUCUCACCUGUGGGGGGGUUCCACAUCUGACUGCAGGAUGGAGGUUCUACUGGUACAGAGCUCACCCCAAUAGUUUGGAUCCAGUCCGCAGAUGUUCACAAUCAUUUGGUCUGGGUCCUAUGCACAUUCCUAAGAAGUUCAGUUAUGAGCUGCUCCCAGAAAGCAACGGAGGAACUGAACAAAACUCCUUCGUCAUUCAAGGCCUGACGGAGUCAGCAGGUUAUGCAUGUCGAGCUGGAAGAGGAGACCCCGUGUUUUACACUGAGUACAGUGAGACAGAGUGGGUCUGGUCUGGAGAUUCCUAUUCGUCAGUGUCUCUCACAGUGAGUUCGGACUAUGUGCAGCACUACUAUCGUGACAAGACCCUUCUGACCUGCGAGGGAAACUCUGAUAAAGUGAGAUUGUGGAGGUUUACUGGAGACACAGUACUAUUGUUCGAGUGCGAGUCUCAGGAGAGAAGCACAAGCUUCACAUUGAACAGGGAUGAGCUUCGUUCUGGAGUUUACUGGUGUGGAUCUGGAUCAAAGAUCAGCAACGCAUUCAACAUCACUGAAGUUACCGCUGAUGUUCUCCUGGAGAGCCCUGCCCAUCCUGUGACUGAGGGACAGUCCGUUACUAUCGGAUGCUCAUGCGGCUGCACCACCACCUGUCGUCACUGUAUCUCCGUCAUGGCUGACUCCUGGAGCCUCCGUGACUCUCACCUGUGGGGGGGGUCCACGUCCCACUGCAGGGUGGAGGUUCUACUGUUCAGUUAUGAGCUGCUCCCAGGAAGCGAAGGAGGAACUGAACAAAUCUCCUUCGUCAUCCAAGGCCUGACGGAGUCAGCAGGUUAUGCAUGUCGAGCUGGAAGAGGAGACCCCGUGUUUUACACUGAGUACAGUAAGACAAAGUGGGUCUGGUCUGGAGGACUGAUCUGA